AUGACACAGGUCAUCUCUUUGGUUACGCCGUCCCAGGCUAUGACCCCGGCCCACUCCUCCCCCAUGGGUUCUGAUGACUACGGCAGACCCCGGUUUCGUGCCUUGCCUGAUACUCCGGACUCACCCAGUCCUCGCACUUCUGGUCUGAGUAGAAAACGUGCUGCUUCCAUCAACACUGUUGAUGCAAGUUACGGUCGACUUGAGAGGCUCCAGUUGAGCACGCCUACCAGCAUGGCCAGUAAUGAGGGGACAAGAGAUAUUUGUCUCUGUGCUCCGGUACCAAAGAUUCCCAGACCUCGAAAUGCAUUCAUACUAUAUCGUCAGCAUCAUCAAGCUCAGGUUGUUGCUCGGAAUCCUAAUCUAUCUAACCCUGACAUCUCAAAGAUCAUUGGAGAGCAGUGGAAAGACGAACCCCAAGAAGUCAAAGACAACUGGAAGGGCCUGGCAGACGAAGAAAAGCAACGCCAUCAAAGACAGUACCCUGACUAUCGUUACCAACCUAGACGUGGAAACAAGUCUCAGGGGCUCAGAUCUGGCUCUUUGUCAGGAGACGAAUCUGGCCGAUGUCCCAGGUGUAACCUGCGCUGCAUUGUGACUCCCCAAACACCUUCUACCCCGUUUCCUACACUAUCAACACCAGAAGAUAAAGCUAUCCCGUAUCCAUACACACAAGGCUUGCGAGGUGAGGAAGCAGAGGCAGCUCGCCGUGGAAGUUAUGGUAACUUGCCUGUUAUGAGACAGCGUUUUCCAUUGCAGCGACCUGCGUACCGAGAUAUAGAUGACUAUGGGCCCGAGACUCCAGAGAUGAAGAGGCGCCGUUUCAACUCAACUGGUGGCUACCACGCUGUAUCCUCACCUGGAGCACGAACAAUGUCGAUGGGUGCGCCUCACCCACGGCCAUAUCCCGUCACUCCUCUCCCUGAGCCGCACUUUCCUCGAUCAAAGUCUGGUCCAAUGCCUCCCCCUCCGCGACCUGCAGCUGGAGGACCAUGGCCUGACCAAGAAUACCGCAGCCGAAACCCCUACGAUGAGUCUCUUCGGCUCCCUCCUCUGCAGACUGCUGGACCAAUGUCGCCCACAACAGCAACAGAAGUCGACAUUCGACAAUUGCAAACCCCAGUUACUGGGCUUGGGAUCUCUCACCCUCGGGAUCCCCAAGCUAGAAGCGUCGAGGCCAUGGUUAUGUCUAUCCCGUUCGUUCGCAAGCUGGGGGUCCUUUCCAAGAUCAACCGUACCGCGAUUGGCACUAUUGAACCUGGUAGCAAGGGAGCCGAGAAGCGAGGUGCUGUAAUUGCGAUUGAGGGACCAAAGCCGCGACUGUUGAAGCAGGUUGCUUCCCUAGUUGAGAGAACCCUCUUGCUAUCUAACGAGGUGGUACUCAAGACAUGGGGCAAGGAGCUAGAUGACGAGUCAAGAACUGAGCGACGGGGUUCUCGGAGCGAGGAAGAAUCACUGGAUCCCGAAACCCAAUUGGCAUCAUGUUUCGAAACCAUGAUCCAUUGGCACAGAAAGUCACGAGAGAUGGUAAAGCACAUUACCGGUCACACCGGGUCGCCGACCAGCUCCAAGAGUGAGAAGGAGAGGGAGUCCGAGUCCCCAGUUUCUCGACGCGGCUCUGUGGACGAGGACAAUGCUUCCAAGGGGAGCCGAGAUGGCGCAAAGACAAAGACACCUGUGGCACUGAUCAAGGAAGGGUUCAGUCUCACUCUUUCGGACGAAUUUGCUUGUACAGUGCCCAUAUCUGAUUCGUACGCACCUGUCGAUCACUGGCAAUGGAUGGCCACUCUCUGGCGUGGCACUGUAGAUCCUGACCUUGUGGUGUACGUGAAGCCUAGUCUGGAGGAGGAGAUUGCUCAAUUUGGAUCAGUCGAAAUAAAAGAUGGGCUUAUGACUGUCAGAAUCGCUGUGGGCAAGGACAUGGAUGAGGCCACUGAGCGACGUCUAGCCUUUGAAGUGGUCGAGUGGGUAAGAGGCGGCAGCUUCCGACAGAGUCGUGACAAGUCACAAUGA